AUGAGCAGACUUCCUUGCCGUCUUACCCUCCACCGAUGCCCUGGCAUUCAAGCUCCCAAGGGGUAUUUAUAUAGCAAGCUAUGCAUACGUUUGAAUUCAUCCGUUAGAGGGGGUGAUUCUAGAACCUCAUUAAAGGGCAGUGUCAAACCCUCACGGCAAAUCUUGCGGGAACCAGUCCGUACUGCGCCGAGUAAAUCAUCGAAGCACGAGGGCAUAAAACUUGAGAAAGUCCUCAUUUACCAUGCGGGCUCGGGAAAGAUAGCUUUCAUUGGCGUGAUGCGCAUUACCACAAUCCUAAUAUUUAGUGUUUCUUGUUUGGUUGUCGCUCCAGCGUUUUAUUAUUCCGAGGAUUUGCCGUGGUAUAUAGUUCCAGCUAUUGUCGUUGGUGGUUCUAUUCCCAUGCUCUUCGUCUUAUACACCACAGCUCCUUUUGUCAAUUUCAUAUAUCUCUCUAUUCCCCGUGCCGCUCAGCGUACACGACAGCGUGCACAGUCAUAUUUGAAGGAUGUGCCUCGUAAUGCGGUGCUCAAUAUUGAAACCAUGAAGUUUAAUUUCUACUUUCGAAAGACUCAGGUGGUCCUUUCGGACCUGAUACUGGGCAGGUCAAUGUUCCGGCCUGUGAAUUUAAUCAAUACGAAUCCAAUGCCCCAGCCAUGGUGGAAGGGGAAUAAUGUUUUCUUUUAUGCCCCAGCUAAGACGAGAUUCAGUGCGAAACCAACGUCAAAAUACUUCCCGGAAGUAUGGGAGGAGGUAUUCGCGAAAAUCAAGAAGAAUGCUGUCAAGGGUCAACAUUGA